CUCUGGCCAUUGAGAGGCGACCAAAAGUGGGUCGCCAGAGCCCCGGUAACUAGUUUGCAGGUUUUGUAUGGGACACUUUGGGGGGUUUUUGCACUUGGGGGUGGUUGCACUUUCAGGGAUCUUUACUGUAACCGGUUUGAUAGUCACUCUGGAGAUGGAUCUUUUAGUCAACACCAACCCACCGAAGAAAUACUCUCACGGCCGACGGUUACCAGAUGUGGAAAGCUUCCCUGGUGUCGCAGACGGAAGACGCUUCUUUCUGGAUUCUGUUCCAUCCGAUGUAUCCCUUGAAACCGCAAAUCGAAGCGCCAUCAGAUUGCGGCAUGUGGUAAGCAAGGAAGAUGAAGGACCCAUGUCAACAGGUAGUGAACGAUUAUCGAAUCUUGCGUCUCCUGGUCAUCUUUCCCAUUUCUUCAUGAAACAAGAAAUGCGGAGGGAAGUUCAUGCGAACCGGGAUGGGAAGAGGAAGUUUGAGACCCUCCCUACACUUAUAAAAGCUUUGGUUUGAUAUAACCAUCUGGCAUUGGCUGCCCCCUGCCCAGCAGUCAUACAAGCAAGCAAGCAACCACCACACCCUCAAAGAAUUAGAUAGCAUGCGUGAAUAAAGUUGGCGUGUUUGGUUGUUUCGAUAUCGGAGUAUGUAUCGAGGUAAGGUUUGGAUGACUGGCCGCCAUCAUGGGUUGGCGCCGGCUCCUGAACGAGUGUGUAUGCACUUCACACAUUUGCACACACACCCAACCCGCCAGUGCGGCCCCAAAGCGCUU